GUCAAAAAAAAAAUAAUAAGAUAUUACUUAUUGGUCGGAUUAGUUUGGUAGAUUAUAUAAAAGAUAUGGAUUUUUUUAAGGAAAAAGAUAUGGAUUGUUUUUCGGAAGAUUUAGUUGAAAAAAUAAAGAUAUUACUUGUUGGUCGGGGAUUGGUCGGUAUUCAAUGAAAACACAUAAAGCGUUAAUCUUGAUCGGUCUUAAUAACAUAUCAAACGAUUUUAGAUUUUUGUAAAAUUGAACAUGGAUGAUUUAAAUGAUAUAAACUUUCAAUCCAACGGUGGAUUUUGUAAAAUUUGUAUUCGAUGAAGCGUUAUUGAGCAAUAUAUAUAUAUAUAUAUUGUCUUUUAGUAAAAACAAAGUUUAAGGAAAUCUGUCUCUGUUCCUCCCUCCGUCCCUCCCUUCGCACAUCGAUCGAUCGAAACACCAAACAACAAUCACUGAACACACAGCACGGUUCAAUUCAAUUUAAUCAAGUCACAAAAGGUAUUAUUGAAAAUGAAAAGACAAAAGGAAAGUGACAUAGACAGACUCAGUGCCUUACCCGACCAUCUCCUUUUACAUAUAAUUCAAUUUAUGACCACACAACAAUCUGCCCAGACUUGUGUUUUGUCUAAAAGAUGGGAAAACCUUUGGAAAUCUGUCACUAAUAUCAACUUGCAUCACUUUGAACUAUAUGAUGGUGAUAUCUUUGAAGAUUUUGUAUCUCACUUUCUAUCUACCCGUGACAACUCUAUUCCCCUUCAUACCAUCUCAUAUGCGAAUGGAUGUAGGAAUUAUCCAUAUCCCGCUCAAACUAAUAUUCCCAUACAGAUCAUGGAAUAUGCUGCGUCACAUGACGUGCAACAACUCGAAAUCAAUACUCAACUAGACCACAUAACUAGUACUAAUUUUGAGUUGCCCCUUUCCAUUUUUAAUUGUGCUUCUUUGACAUCCCUUUCUCUUUGCCUAUGGGAUGUAACUAAACUGUAUACCAUAAUGUUUCCAAAAUCUUUGAACUUGCCAGCAUUGAAAACUUUAAAACUUUCGUGUUUCACUUUCUUUACCGGUGACAAUGGCUAUGCUGAGCCCUUUUCAACAUGUAAUAUGUUGAGUAAGUUGGCCAUUAUGGCUUGUAGAAUACAGGAUGAUGCGCAAGGCAUUUGCAUAUCCAAUUCUAAAGUUUCUAAUUUGGCCAUAGGUGUAUUUCAUCCUACAUCCAAGAUUUGCAAAGUCAUACUUUGUACUCCAAAACUCACUUCUCUCACUAUCAAGGACAUUGUUGCUACUUUCCCAGCCCCUUCUAGUUCUACAUGCAAUUUAAAUUUGUUGGAAGAACUAAAAUUUGAAUGUACGCAUGGACCUCCCACUAUGGGAGACGAUAACUUGAUUGGUUGGUUGCAUUUGAUUGCUAAAGUCAAGAUAAUGACUCUCAGUUUCACAUUCCUUACAUUGUUGGUUAAUGUUCUGAAAAGGAAUGAUUCACUGAAAACCCAAUUUCCUAGUUUUGUUAAAUUGAAGUCAUUGAAAGUGGAAUCUUACCCAUGGGAAAGUGAUGAGGAAGCAAGAGAACUGGUAACAUAUCUACUUCGGAAUUCUCCACCACCUGCCACCUUUGUUAUCAGUCAGGAGGGUGUAGACCUAACUUCUGACGGCUGUGUGUUUGUUGGAUUUAACAUACCCCGUUAGGUUUAUAGUCGACUAAGUUUUAUUAUAUAUUAUAUUAUAUUGUAACUCUUUUGAUAUGUUAUAUUAUUCUAAUGUUAUGAAACUCUUUUCGGAUGUUAUGUUAUCUUGUAACUCUUUGUCUUCUUUAUUUGUAUUCAUUUAUUGUUAACAACGGAACCGAGUUACAUUAA